GGGGACGCGGGGAAGAUGCUGUCCCGCCUGGCCCUGCGCGCCGCUCCCGGGGUGCUGAGAAACCUGUCUCCGUCCUUGUCGGCCGGUGCGUUGCACGCCGCGAGGAGCUUCCAUGGCGGCCAGCCGUGCCUGGCCCCCCUGCCUCCGCUUCCGGAGAGAGGAGGCGCCGUGCGCCAUGGAUUGAUCCCCGAGGAGUUUUUCCAGUUCCUCUACCCGAAAACGGGAGUUACCGGACCGUACAUGUUGGGGACUGGGCUGACUUUGUACCUGGUCUCCAAGGAGAUCUAUGUCUUUAACAAUGAAACAAUCUCUGCUAUGGUCUUUUUGUCGCUUGUAGUCUAUGCAGUGAAACGAUUUGGGCCUAGUGUAGCAGCUUUUGUUGAAAAAAUCAAUGAGGAGAAACUUGCUCAAGUAUCAACUAUAAAAAAUGAUUCAAUGAAAGCUUUGGAAACAGCAAUUGAACAAGAAAAGAAAGAGCAACAGAGGAUUGCAGGCCGCAGUUACAUCUUUGAUGCCAAGCGGAAUAACAUUGCCAUGCUGCUGGAGAUUAACUACCGAGAGAGAUUGCUCAUGGUGUACAAUGAAGUGAAGAAGCGGUUAGACUAUCAAGUUGCUAUGCAACAUCUGAAGCGUCGUAAAGAACAAGAUCACAUGAUCAGCUGGGUAGAGAGAAAUGUUGUUCAGAGCAUCACGCCUCAACAGCACAAGGAAAGCAUUGCCAAGUGCAUCUUGGACCUGAAGGCAUUGUCGAAGGCUGCACAAGCAGCAGUAUAACUGCAGUGAUUCCAGACACGUCUGUGGUUUCUCUGACUUGCUGUUGGAAGCUAUAAUUCUGAUUCUUAAUUAAAAUUUAACUUCUAUCAGUGUGACUAGUGACAUGGUGAUUGCUGUCAACUUAGUGUGGUCUGUUUGUGCCGAUUACAUUUUGACUUAUACAUUCAUUCAUACCAGGGAUUCUGCAGAAUUCUCAAUAUCUAACUUGCUGUAUUAAAGCCAGAUCCCACUUCA